UUUGAAUCCGCCGCUAUCUUCAGCAAUUCAAGUUGGACGCAGAAACUCAGAAGAAGAAAAAAAAAGACGAUAAAUAUUCAUCUCUCUCUCUCUCUCUUCUCUGUUCACCGUUCUUCUUCUUCAGUACAAACCUCCUUUCUUACAUCCUCAAGCUCUUAUCUCCUCCUUAGUGACACAACAAGAACCAUACGAGAGGAGAAAAAAGAUUAAAUAAAAGUUGAAGUUGAAGACUUUGUUUCCUCAGCUCUGUUCUUCCUAAACGUUACGAAACAGAGCUCAAUAAGCUAAGAGACAAGACCCGUAAAGUUCGUGGCUUUCAUGGAUUCAAAUCAUCUCUACGACCCGAAUCACAUACCUUCUUCCGGGUCGGGUCUACUUCGUUUUCGUUCAGCACCAAGCUCUGUUCUCGCCGCUUUCGUUGCCGACGACAACAAGAGCGGACUUGACUCCGACAGGUUGAUUUCAAGAUUCGCCAGGUCUAAUGGUCCCAGUGAGUUCGAGGCUAAGUCCCCUGUCACCUCUGUUUCAUACGCCGCCACUCUUCCGCCGCCGCAGCAGCAGCCUGAGCCGUCUAGCUUUCUGGGUUUGCCGCCGCAUUAUCCGAGACAGAGCAAGAGGAUGAUGAACACGAUUGGUUUGGAUCAGUUUCUCAACGAUCAUCACACCAAACCUGUUGAAUCAAACCUUCUCCGGCAAAGCAGCUCGCCGGCGGAGAUGUUCACGAACACAACUGCUCAAAACGGUUAUGGCUCAGUGAGGAGUUUGAUGAACUACGAAGAAGACGAACAGAGUCCAUCUAGUUCCAGUGAGUUAAGACGCCACAACAGCCUCUCUUCAAGGCCACCUUCUUCUCUAGGAAUGCUCUCUCAGAUACCUGAAAUCGCCUCUGAAAUUAGUUUUCAAUAUAGCCAUUGGAACGAUCCCGCCAGCUUCAUUGAUAACUUAUCAUCUCUCAAAAGAGAAACAGAGGACGACGGCAAAUUGUUCCAGAAUGGAGAGUCUGGGAAUCGAAUGCAGUUACUCUCGCAUCACUUGAGUCUACCUAAUGCAUCAUCUACAGCCUCGGACAUGGUAACAGUGGAUAAGUUCAUGCAGCUACAAGACUCUGUUCCUUGUAGGAUUAGAGCCAAACGUGGUUGCGCCACACAUCCUCGAAGCAUUGCUGAACGGGUAAGAAGAACAAAGAUAAGCGAACGAAUGAGGAAACUACAAGAGCUUGUUCCUAAUAUGGACAAGCAAACGAACACUGCGGAUAUGUUGGAUUUAGCAGUGGAUUACAUCAAAGAUUUACAAAGACAGUAUAAGAUUCUGAAUGAGAACAGAGCUAACUGCAAGUGUAUGAACAAGGAGAAGAAUUUGAUAUAGCUUGCAACAAGGUGUGUGUGCGUAUAUAGAACUAAAGAAAGCAAUGAGAGAAAGGAUAAGAAAGAAACAAUGUACUCUUGAAUAUUUUUUAGCCGAAACAUAGCAAAUUGUAAUAAUCAGAAAGCUAGAGAAUCUUUGUUUUUUUGGGUCAAGCUAAUAAUAAAAAUUUUCAUUAUUACAUUAAA